UUGCAGAAAUCCUGAAUGAUGUCAUCCGUAGCAUGAAGAAAGAUGGUGAAUGGAAGGUACUCAUCAUGGAUCAUCCCAGCACACGCAUUGUCUCAUCCUGUUUUAAAAUGUCAGAUCUUCUGGCUGAAGGAAUCACAAUUAUUGAAGAUAUUAACAAACGCCGAGAGCCCCUCCCCAGCCUGGAAGCCAUCUAUUUGCUCAGCCCCAUCGAGACGUCAGUGCGUGCUCUGAUAAAUGACUUCAAAGGCAGCCCCACCUUCUCAUACAAGGCCGCUCAUGUCUUCUUCACUGACGCCUGCCCAGAAAACCUGUUUAAUGAACUGGGCAAGUCUCGAAUCAUCAAAGCCAUUAAAACUCUUAAGGAAAUCAAUGUUGCUUUCCUCCCCUAUGAGUCACAGGUGUACUCUCUGGACAACCCCCAGAGUUUCCACAAUCUCUUUAGCCCCUACUGCAGAGAAGAUAAGAACAAUCAGUUGGAGAGGAUGGCAGAACAAAUUGCCACGUUAUGUGACACUCUGAAGGAGUACCCCUCAAUUCGCUACAGGAAUGGCUCUGAAGAUUGCUGUCUGUUGGCCCAUGCAGUGUUGGCCAAGCUGAAUGCCUUCAAAGCAGACAACCCCACCAUGGGAGAGGGCCCUGACAAAUCUCGCUCUCAGCUCCUGAUUGUGGAUCGGAGCUAUGAUGUAGUGUCUCCUCUUCUGCAUGAACUUACCUUCCAGGCCAUGGCCUAUGACCUGCUUAACAUUGAGCAGGACACUUACAGAUACGAAUCUACAGGUAUCAGUGAUGCACGGGAAAAAGUGGUACUUCUGGAUGAGGAUGAUGACUUAUGGGUGCAGCUCCGCCACAUGCACAUAGCUGAUGUGUCCAAGAAAGUGACUGAGCUCCUACGUACCUUUUGUGAGAGCAAGAGACUCACUACAGACAAGGCCAAUAUUAAGGACUUAUCACAGAUCCUGAAGAAGAUGCCUCAAUAUCAGAAAGAGCUUCACAAGUAUUCCACACAUCUGCAUUUGGCAGAGGAUUGUAUGAAUAAUUUCAAGGGUACUGUGGAGAAGCUCUGUGGUGUAGAGCAGGACCUGGCCACAGGCACAGAUGUGGAUGGAGAGAAGGUCAAAAAUCCUAUGAAGAAUAUUGUGCCAAUUGUCCUGGAUCCCACUGUGUCAGCAUUUGACAAAAUUCGCAUUAUCCUACUCUGCGUCUUUCUUCAGAAUGGUAUCAAUGAAGAGAACCUUAUGAAGCUCAUCCAGCAUGCCAACAUACAGCAAGAGAGAGAUGUUCUCUACAAUAUGCACUGCCUGGGUGCCGCCAUCAUGCCAGAGGACAGUGGGCAAAUGAAACCUGUUAGGAAAGUAAGGCUGGAAUCAACCUACCAGCUCUCUCGAUGGACCCCAAUUCUUAAGGACAUUAUGGAGGAUGCCAUUGAAGACAAGCUGGAGAAGAAGUUGUGGCCUUAUGUAUCUUGCCCUGCUCCAGGCCCCUGUUCUCAAGCUGCUGUGAGUGCCCGUUUUGGUCACUGGCACAAGACCAAGACAGCAACUGAGUACCGGACAGGACCCCGCCUCAUUAUCUAUGUGCUAGGGGGAGUUACCAUGUCAGAGAUGCGCUGUGCCUAUGAAGUCACAGAAGCCACUGAUGGCAAGUGGGAGGUGCUGAUUGGCUCAUCCCACAUCCUGACACCCAAGCAGUUCUUGGAAGACGUGCAUAACCUGACUGAGCAGACUCCACUGAAGUUUUAAGAGGACCCCUGACUCCCAAGAGACUUGCUGACAGCAGCUCUUCCUAUUUAUCUGCUGUUGUUCUCAACCAGAUUCCCACUCUCAUGCAUCCAUCUCUGCUUCUGUCCUUUUAAGACUGGCCCUCCACCUGGUCUCUCCUUAAUGAAGGAGCCUGACAUUGGGGGAUCUUGUCUUAAGAUCAACGCUGAAGAUGUGUCCAGCUACCUAUUAUGAGUUCUUUGUCUCUUACUGUGAUGAGGAUUCUGGUUGCACUUAUCUCCCUUUGUCCUCUUUCCUUCUUUGCCCCCCCCCACCCCCCCAAAAAAAUAGGAGAAAGGAGGAGCAGCUGCAUACUUGAUAUUUCUGUCCCUCAACUGAUGAAAUUGUCAACUGCCUUAAAGGGAGCUUUGAGGAAAAGAUCUGCUUUGACACCUCUCCUUACUGUUUUGCAGUUGGUGGGACCCACCAGGAUACUGAUUUUUUUUUUCUCACUUUGUAAGAAAAAAUUGCCUGGGGAUGUUGAGGGAAACUGUAUGAAUGAAUACAAUACCAUUCCACUGACAAACUCCUUGCAGGGAAAAGAACAAUAGAGGUAGUAGUCAUCUCUGGCAUAGCAGUGCUGUUAAUAGCUGGUACAAAGUAAUGGUUGUGCCUCCUACUGCAGAAUGACCAAGAUCACAUCUGUGCAUAGGACUAUGUAUACUUUUUGUGGUAUAUAUCUCUAAUAAAGAAGUACAGAGUCUGUAAAUAAAUAUGAAAA